AUGACGGAGGGCCGUCGAUGUCAAGUACAUCUCCUUGAUGACAGGAAGCUGGAGCUCCUAGUACAGCCCAAGCUUUUGGCCAAGGAGCUUCUUGACCUCGUGGCUUCUCAUUUCAACCUGAAGGAAAAGGAAUACUUCGGGAUAGCAUUCACAGACGAGACGGGACACUUGAACUGGCUUCAACUAGAUCGAAGAGUACUGGAGCACGACUUCCCCAAAAAGUCUGGGCCUGUGGUUCUGUACUUCUGCGUCAGAUUCUAUAUAGAAAGCAUCUCCUACCUGAAGGACAAUGCUACCAUUGAACUCUUCUUCCUGAAUGCCAAGUCCUGCAUCUACAAGGAGCUUAUUGAUGUUGACAGUGAAGUGGUGUUUGAAUUGGCUUCCUACAUCUUACAGGAAGCAAAAGGCGAUUUCUCUAGCAAUGAGGUGGUGAGGAGUGACCUAAAAAAGCUGCCAGCCCUUCCUACCCAAGCCCUGAAGGAGCACCCCUCCCUGGCCUACUGUGAAGACAGAGUCAUUGAGUACUACAAGAAGCUGAAUGGCCAGACGAGGGGCCAAGCAAUCGUGAACUACAUGAGUAUCGUGGAGUCUCUCCCAACCUACGGUGUCCACUAUUAUGCAGUAAAGGACAAGCAAGGCAUACCAUGGUGGCUGGGACUAAGUUACAAAGGAAUCUUCCAGUAUGACUACCAUGAUAAAGUGAAACCACGCAAGGUAAGGUCUUCUAGACCUCUAGAACUCAUCAUCUUUCAGAAGAAGGCUUUCACAAUCCAUCUGCACAGACCAAGGAGGGGCAGGGCUUCGGUGACCAGGAGGACUUUCGGGCACAGUGGCAUCGCUGUGCACACGUGGUAUGCAUGUCCCGCGUUAAUCAAGUCCAUUUGGGCGAUGGCGAUUAGCCAGCAUCAGUUCUAUCUGGACAGAAAGCAAAGUAAGUCCAAGAUCCAUGCAGCACGAAGUCUGAGUGAAAUCGCCAUUGACCUCACAGAGACAGGGACGCUGAAGACCUCGAAGCUGGCCAACAUGGGGAGCAAAGGGAAGAUCAUCAGCGGCAGCAGCGGGAGUCUGCUGUCCUCAGGUUCUCAGGAGUCAGAUAGCUCACAGUCGGCCAAGAAAGACAUGCUGGCUGCCUUGAAAUCCAGGCAGGAAGCUCUGGAGGAGACGCUGCGCCAGAGGCUGGAGGAACUGAAGAGAUUGUGUCUCCGGGAAGCUGAGCUCACAGGCAAACUGCCUGUUGAAUAUCCCCUGGAUCCAGGAGAGGAACCACCUAUUGUUCGGAGAAGAAUUGGGACAGCCUUCAAGCUAGACGAACAGAAAAUUCUGCCUAAAGGAGAGGAAGCUGAGCUGGAACGUCUGGAACGAGAGUUUGCAAUUCAGUCCCAGAUCACCGAGGCUGCCCGCCGCCUAGCCAGUGACCCCAAUGUCAGCAAAAAACUGAAGAAGCAGAGAAAAACCUCUUACCUGAACGCACUGAAAAAGCUGCAGGAGAUUGAAAAUGCAAUCAACGAGAACCGCAUCAAGUCAGGGAAGAAACCCACCCAGAGGGCGUCACUAGUCAUAGACGAUGGAAAUAUCGCCAGUGAAGACAGCUCCCUCUCGGAUGCCCUUGUUCUUGAAGAUGAAGACUCUCAGGUCACCAGCACAAUAUCCCCCCUACAGUCUCCGCACAAGGGACUUCCUCCUCGGCCACCAUCAUCCUCGCACAACAGGCCUCCUCCCCCACAGUCCCUGGAGGGGCUCAGGCAGAUGCACUAUCACCGCACCGACUAUGACAAGUCACCCUUAAAGCCCAAAAUGUGGAGCGAGUCCUCUCUAGACGAGCCUUAUGAGAAGGUGAAGAAACGCUCCUCCCACAGUCAUUCCAGCAGCCACAAGCGUUUCCCCAGUACAGGAAGCUGUACUGAGGCAGGAGUAAGCAGCUCCUUGCAGAACAGCCCCAUCCGAGGCCUCCCACACUGGAACUCCCAGUCUAGCAUGCCAUCCACCCCAGACCUGCGUGUCCGGAGUCCCCACUACGUUCAUUCCACAAGGUCGGUAGACAUCAGUCCCACGAGACUGCACAGCCUCGCACUGCACUUUAGGCAUCGGAGCUCCAGCUUGGAAUCCCAGGGCAAGCUCCUGGGCUCAGAGAAUGACACUGGGAGCCCCGACUUCUACACUCCGAGGACUCGUAGCAGCAAUGGCUCGGACCCCAUGGAUGACUGCUCCUCGUGCACCAGCCAUUCAAGCUCAGAGCACUACUACCCGGCACAGAUGAACGCCAACUACUCAACGCUGGCUGAGGACUCGCCAUCCAAGGCGCGCCAGCGCCAGCGGCAGAGGCAGCGGGCUGCAGGCGCCCUGGGCUCGGCGAGCUCCGGCAGCAUGCCCAACCUAGCAGCACGCAGUGGGGCUGCAGGCGCGGGCGGCAGCGGCGGCGGCGUGUACCUGCACAGCCAGAGCCAGCCGAGCUCCCAGUACCGCAUCAAGGAGUACCCACUGUAUAUUGAGGGCAGUGCCACACCCGUGGUGGUUCGCAGCCUGGAGAGUGACCAGGAGGGCCACUACAGCGUCAAGGCGCAGUUCAAGACCUCCAACUCCUACACAGCUGGCGGUCUGUUCAAAGAGAGCUGGCGCGGGGGUGGCGACGAGGGCGACGCAGGCCGCCUUACACCAUCGCGCUCCCAGAUCCUGCGGACUCCUUCGUUGGGGCGUGACGGCACCCACGACAAAGGCUCUGGCCGUGCCGCGGUAUCGGACGAGCUGCGCCAGUGGUACCAGCGUUCCACAGCCUCGCACAAGGAGCACAGCCGCCUGUCGCACACCAGCUCCACCUCCUCGGACAGCGGCUCCCAGUACAGCACCUCUUCCCAGAGCACCUUCGUGGCGCACAGCAGGGUCACCAGGAUGCCCCAGAUGUGCAAGGCCACGUCAGCUGCCUUACCUCAGAGCCAGAGAAGCUCAACACCGUCAAGUGAAAUUGGGGCCACCCCACCAAGCAGUCCCCACCACAUCCUGACCUGGCAGACUGGGAGCUACAGUGAUAGCUGCUUCCUGGAUUCCUCCCUCUAUCCAGAGCUAGCUGAUGUCCAAUGGUACGGGCAGGAAAAAGCCAAGCCCGGGACCCUCGUGUGAGCCAGCCCGGCCUCUUCUGACCGCCGCACGCCAUUCUGAGUCACCUCACUGCCUCUCAGUUGCCUUACCCAGACACACUGUCACCUGCACCAGCUUCGGCCCUUGGCACUUUUUUUCUCCUGUCUCCAUAUCCCCUUCACCCUCAAAAACCUGACUGAGGAGACAUUCUGGAAGGUUCCGAUCCCACUGUGUGUCCCCUGGCUCUCUUACCCAGAGAGCCAGGCAACAAUCCUCAAUGGCACCUUGGUGGUUUCCCUCUGCCAUGACAGCUCCAGGCCAGGAACUGUCAGGGAAGCCAACACACGCAAUUCCUGUGGAAGAGAAGCAUUGGUAGAGAAUGGAAAACAGACCUACCAGUGUGCAGAGACGGUGAUGCUGCGUCCAGCUGCCACCUUAAGCCAGCUGAGCGCUUCAAGAGGAGGAUGCCUCCUGGGGAUAUUCAGUUUACACCUGAAAUGUUCUGUAUUCUGUAACGAGACAGCCUGCAAGAGUACCUACGGGGAAGAGUGAGAAAGAAGACCAGCGCUUCGGAGACGCAUCGGAGGGUCACAAUUGGUUCUAUGCUGCCAAAGAUUCGACACAUUCAACAAUAAACAGAUACGAGGGGCCAAGAGGAAUACACUGUUUCUGCAGUGAAAUUUCUUUUCAGUUCUAAACUGCUUCUAUGCAGCACAAGUGAGAAGUCCACCAUCUGUAAAUCAUGUCCUGUCGUGACCCAUCUCCUGUCCAGUCCACUUCUCCCCACCUGAGAGCCUGGAAAUGAACCUAAUGGGACCGUGAAGACGGAGGAGGUUUGGCUGGCAGGCACAGAAUCUGUCGGUCUGGACACGGAGGAGGAGCAGGGCACUGUUAGGACCGCCUGAUACAGGGGCCUCCGCCUACGUCCCCAAAGCUGCUUUCCUUUUGGGAUUGGUCAGAAGCUAAAGGUGAUCAUUGCCAAAAGUAGUCCUCUCGUGAAAACAGCCAGUAAAAGUGUAACCUUUCUUCUUUGUACAAGGCGUUUCAUUUUCUUUUUUAUGGGAAACCAAGGGAAAAAGCACAUUGCAGUCUAUUCAAGUGUUUUACUGUCGUGGCUCAUUUUGUUUGUUAACACUUGUGUGACAAAGAACUCAGAUGGACCUCUCCUGUAUGUCACUUAGUCAAAGACCCCAAGUAUGCCCUUAGGUAGGAAGAUUGUUUUUUUAAAUGUGUCUACCAGCCAGCAGGCAGAGCAGAGUUGAGACAACUCAGCUCCCAAAGGGCCCAUUCACCUCCAGCAGUAUCCAUGACCUUGAUUUACCACCUCUGUCCACAGAUACCAAGAGGAAAAAAGAAGGCAAAAAAAAAAAAAAAAAAAAAAAAGAAAAAAGAUUAAAAAAAAGAAAAAAAAAAAAAGCAUGUGUGCAAGCUGCCCGUUUACAUGUGUUUUGAGCUAUGCUUAACACACAACCAAAAAGCCAUCAAUCUUCAAAGGCCUCAAAAUUUUAUAAUAACUAACCAGUGAACAGUCUUAGCUGGGUUACUCAAGAAGGCACAAAAGUUUCCAUGGAGGUAAUACAUGUUAAUAUACGUGGGGCUUGUGGGGGUCACCUUUGUAAGGACUUCCUGUGGGAAAGGCAUCCAGGAACAGGAACCAGGGUAGGAGUACUUCUGUGGGAAGAAAGCAGAUCUAAAAGUUGGCUGUGGCAUCAAAAGAAAAACCUUUGUUGUUCAUGUAGGUGAAUCCAAAAACAAUAGACUCCACCAGAUGAGGAGGGUAAGAAAUGGACAUCAGAAAGUACUAUCCCUGUUGCUUACUCUGCAGUAGUUUGGAAAGCUCUGGAAGCCACCAAGCGGUAGCAUUUACACCAGGCAGAAGCACCCAUACCAUGCGGUCUUAGGCCUCCUCUGCCAUUUUUCUAUGGCCCAUUCAAGGCGGGGUACCCCAGAGCUGGGCAUGCUGGUUUGAUGAUUCAACUUUCAGAAACAGUACUCUUCCCGGACACUUCGAGGGUAACCCUGUAGAUUGGUGGAAACUGGGUAAUGGUACAAAACGAAUCUGAGGCUUGACAGAGAUGGGGGCUAUCAGUUGGUUUGUUUGGGUUUUUUUUUUUUUUUUU